UUGUUGUUUUGCCAUCGCCGACAGUUGAUGUGAAAUUUUUUGUGUUGCUGUAAAUAUUGUUUUAAUUUAAUCGAAUUUUCGAUUUGUGAAAAAAUUCAAAUCAAAAUUUUUUGUGUUAAAAAUAAAAUUUAAAUAUUUGGAAAUUUUAAGUGCAAGAAAAUUUUCAGUAUUUAAAGAAACGUACGCAUAAAUAAGCAUAUAAUUUUGUGUGAAAAAAUUAUAAAUUGCUAAAUUGUUGUAGAAAGAGAAAAAGAAAAAAAACUUUUCAUUAAAAAAAAAAUAAAAAUAAAACAAAACUCUUAUCAAUAUGAUUAUGAAAGUACCCUCUAGUGACUGGUCGGAUCAGUUUGAACAAUAUGUUAUAGAAGAAGAGUCUGACAAUGAAUUGGAUGAACUGGAUCAAGAUUUCUCCGAGUAUUUGUGGAUGGAGAAUGAAGAAGAGUUUGAUAAAAUUGAGUUACAACGUCUUGAGGAUGAAGAGCUAAUGAAUGAGUGCCUAGAUGCCAUGCUAGACGAUGAACUCGAAGAACAGCUUAACGAAUGGGACAAAGCUAAAAACGAAGAACUUAGAGCUGCUCUCUCCUCCUUGGCGGUUAGUGAUUGCAAUGUAAGCAAUUCGUUACUUAAUCCUUUGGCAGCUGAAUUUAUACCACAAAGUCAUUUAAUUAUUGAUUUGGGUACUUCAUAAACCAGUAAUAUGGAGCAGCAACAUCAGCAGCAGACUAUUAUGCAAAAAAUAUUAGAUGAAAAAGUGGAAACAAAAAAAAAAAUUGUAUCUUGAAUAUUCUCAUUUAAGUAGUGAAAACGAUCUCCUGGUUUUCUAUACUGGAAAAGCUGUUUAAUCACACACACACACACACAUCUUAAAGGUAAAAAAAAACAAAAAAAAAAAUAUUUAAAAAUCAACAAAAAUAUUGUAAGUAAUUUAAUACUUGUUGCCAAGCAACCCAAAAAGAACAGACUUAGUGUUUUAUUAAGAAAAUUAAUUUUAAACACUAAAAACUUAUCACUUACAUAGCUACUAAAAUGACAACAAGUUAAGACUUACAAAACCCCCCC